CUACAGGAGUCAGAAAGAAGCAAUGCAGAAGUCAGAGUGUUAUGGAGGUGUACAGAUGAGAAACAGAGUAACAGGUAACUAUGAUCAAAAGACAUCAUCAAGCAUACAAAUAAAACAUCAGGCUGCAGUUCAGCGAAGCAAAUCUUCAUUGUCAACUAGUUCUCCAGAGUCUGCAAGAAAACUUCAUCCUCGACCAAGUGAUAAACUUAACCCUAAAACCAUUAACCCGUUUGGGGAUCAGCCACGAGCGCCGUCUGCUUUCGCAGCUAUUUAUUCUAAGGGCGGUAUUCCUUGCAGAUUGGUGCACGGUUCAGUGAAACACAGAUUACAGUGGGAAUGUCCUCCUGAAAAUCUUCCCUUCGAUCCUCUUCUUAUUACUUUAGCCGAGGGCCUGAGAGAGACUAAGCAUCCGUACACCUUUGUGUCGAAGGAGGGUUUCAGAGAGCUGCUUUUGGUCAAAGGUGCUUCUGACAAGGCUGUGCCCUUGCUCCCCAGACUGACUCCUGUGCUGAAGGCGGCUCUGGUCCACGCGGAUGAUGACGUGUUUGAAAGGGGACUGAAUGCUUUGAUGCAGUUAAGUGCAGUGGUUGGUCCUUCUCUAAAUGACCAUCUGAAACAUCUGCUUACAAGCGGAAGUCUCAUUGUCAUCAAGUCUAAAAUCCCGACAUACUGCUCUGUCUGCUGUUGA